AUGGCUCAGCGUGUCACAUAUAGACGUCGGUUGUCCUACAAUACAAGGUCGAAUAAAGCGAAGAUCGUGAAGACUCCAGGUGGCAGACUCGUCUAUCAAUACCUUAAAAAGCGAGGAUCUGUGCCAAGAUGUAAAGAUACUGGCGUCAAGCUUCACGGUAUCACACCCGCGCGUCCUCGUGAGCUUAGAAGGUUGAAGAAAAACAAGAGAACUGUUUCCCGUGCAUAUGGAGGUUGCCUUUCGCCGAACGCUGUGAAGGAGCGCAUUCUCCGUUCUUUCCUUCUUGAAGAGCAGAAAAUUGUGUCAAGGGUCCUUAAAUCUAGGAGAGGUGCCGAGUAA